AUGAAGCCAGCUUCCUCCGAGUUCAACAUUGACGCCCCUCUCUGGGACCAGAGGACCUUUUUAGGGCGGGUGAAGCACUUCUUCAACAUCACCGACCCCAGGACGGCCCUGGUGUCAGAGCAGGAACUGGACCGGGCCAAAGUGCUGGUGGAGAGCAGCCGAGUGGGCAGAGUGCCCCCGGGCACCAACCAGGAUCAGCUGCUCUAUGCCAAGAAGCUUUACGACUCGGCCUUCCAUCCAGACACCGGUGACAAGAUGAAUGUGAUUGGGCGCAUGUCAUUCCAGGUCCCCGGGGGAAUGGCCAUCACCGGCUGCAUGCUUCAGUUUUAUAGGACGGUACCCGCGGUAGUGUUUUGGCAGUGGGUCAAUCAGUCGUUCAACGCCCUAGUCAACUAUACCAACCGGAACGCGGCCUCCCCCAUCUCCGUCACGCAGAUGGCAGUGGCGUAUUUCACGGCGACCAGCACAGCCUUGGUUACGGCCGUCGGAUUGAAUCUGUACACUAAGAGAGCCCCACCCCUGGUGGCCCGCUGGGUGCCGUUUGCAGCCGUGGCUGCUGCCAACUGUGUGAACAUUCCCAUGAUGAGGCAACAGGAGAUCAUCCGAGGAAUCGCCGUCACAGACAAGAACAACGAUGAGCUCGGUUUCUCCAGGAGAGCUGCAGCCAUGGGCAUCUCCCAAGUGGUCAUUUCCCGCAUCACCAUGGCAGCUCCUGGCAUGAUUGUGUUACCAAUCAUAAUGGAAAGACUGGAGAAGUUUUCCUUCAUGAAGAGAAUCCAGUUCCUGCAUGCCCCGCUGCAGGUGAUGCUGGUUGGAGGCUUCCUGAUCUUCAUGGUGCCCGUUGCCUGUGCGCUCUUCCCGCAGAGAUGCGAGAUGGCCGUUUCCUACCUGGAGCCGGGGCUCCGCGAAUCCAUCGCGGCCAAGUACGGAGACAAAGUGCCCUACGUCUAUUUCAACAAAGGACUGUGAAGCAGCCAGCCCCACCCCGGGGAGCGGCCCAUCUCCUCAGCACUCAGCCUGUCCCUCCCAGUUAUUCUUCCUCUCUGCACCUGCUGUGGCCAGCUCCACCAUGGACAAAACUUUAGAUUCAGGCUGGACGCUAGCAAGCGCAAAGAGAUAGGGGCAGAGGAGUCUGUGACCUCCAGCUGGGUGAUUCCCCCGCUUCUCCCCGCCGACUGCCUGGCGAUCCCCAUCCUCUGACGUUCCCACUUGGCCUUGCUGGGAGACUCUGGCCAUGGCACCCAAAGGAUAAGGUUGUUGGCUGAUGAAUUGGCUCGCUGCGUGGGAAAGGGGGGAGCUUCUUUUGGAAUCCAACUAGAGUUGUCAGGGGCAACUCGAGUAGCACCCUGUCGGCUUCCGAGUUAGGUUUUCCCAGCAGCCCACGUAGCGACACCCCAAGCCGUGAAAUGUGAUUAUUUUGUCUAAGCCCAGCUACUUCAGUGCUGUCUCAGUGCGGACCAGCUUGUGUGCUCAGGCCUGAGCACACAGAGAAGUGUAUGUCCCUAGUCCUUGGGUGGGUGGUGGGGUUUUUUUUUUUCUGUUUUUUAAAAAUUUCCUUUUUUAAAAAAAAAUCAACACAGUGUCUUAACUUGUGGGGCUUCAUCCUCACACUGGGGACCAAGUGCUAAAUCUGUAUUAGUCUGAGCCGUAGUCACAUGAUCAAGCCUCUGUCCUUUGGGCUCUCAAGUUCCAUGGAUGUGCCAAAGAUAUACACUUGGACAUUGGCUUUGCUUCAUGCGCCUUGGUCGUUAUAUGUCUGCAUUCAGGUUAAUGAUGGAGUUUCCUCUUUUGGGGAUGUCCCUGCAGUCCGGACUUGCUGUUAUAGUGGUACGGAGGUGCUGGUGGGAGUGAUCCCCUUCCCCUGAUAAGUCAAUUUAUCAUCUCAGAGAAGUCACAGUUGGCGGACUUAUGAAGCAGGAGUUCAGUAGAAUGAGGAGGGUACUACUUAUUUCUGCCUGUCUCCCCUUCCCCUGCCCUCUAGCUUCAUCAUCCGUGACACCGAGGGAGGCUGGAAUGGGGAGACUGGGAAAGGAAAGGCUUAUCUUGAAGCCAGAAAGUCAACAAGAAACUUUUUGGAAAAAUAAAGAGCAAAAUGUGGAUCUUCCAAACA